AUGAGCACAGUCGGGUCAGCUCACAACGUGAGGGUUUUAGGGUCGGGUGAGACCACGGUGGUGCUUGGGCACGGUUUCGGGACUGACCAAUCGGUGUGGAAGCAGCUUGUACCGUACCUGACGGACGAGUACAGGGUUUUGCUGUACGACAACAUGGGGGCAGGCACCACCAACCCGGACUGCUACGAUUUCGAGCGCUACUCCAGCUUGGAAGGCCAUUCCAAUGACCUCAUCGCUAUCUUGGAUGACUUUCACGUCACCAAAUGCAUCUAUGUCGGCCACUCUCUCUCCUCUAUGGCGGCUGCUGUCUCAUCCAUUUUCCGCCCGGACCUCUUUCGGAAGGUCGUUAUGAUAUCAGCCAGCCCAAGGGUAACAAACACAGAAGACUAUUACGGAGGGUUUGAGCAGGAAGAGAUCAACCAAAUGAACACUGCCAUGGAAGAGAACUUCAAGACGAUGAUGAUGGGUUUUGCACCGAUAGUGGUGGGCGGUGACUUGGAGUCGGAGGCCAUUCAGGAGUUCAGUCGCACACUCUUCAACAUGAGGCCCGACAUUGCUUUGAGUAUUUGUCGUAUGAUAUCGGGCCUUGACCUGAGGCCUUACUUGGGCCUCAUCGUAGUCCCGUGCCACAUCAUCCAGAGCUCCAAGGACAUGUUGGUGCCCGUGGCUGUAGCUGAGUAUCUCCACAAGAACUUGGGUGGUAAAUCUGUUGUAGAAUUGAUCCCAACCGAGGGCCACCUGCCGCACCUCAGCGCACCAGAGCUCACCAUCCCCGUGCUCGUCCGCCACAUAAAGCAUGAUAUAGCAGAUGAUUGA